AUGGUAUUGUUAAAGAAACUGACUAUCCAUACCAGGAAAAAAAACUGCCAAAUAAAUGGGAACAUACAACCAACAGCUCAAAUAAGUAAUUGGAAAUCUGUAACUACCAAUGAUGAAGAACAAUUACUGCAAGCUGUGGCACAACAACCGAUAGGAGCUCUUAUCGCAUUCGGUGAGGAAUUUAAUGCAUACAAAGAAGGAAUAUAUACUGGACCAUGUGGAAAAUUUAUUAACCAUGCGUUACUUAUAGUUGGUUACAGUGAAAGUGAAGGAAAGAAAUAUUGGUUGAUUAAGAAUUCAUGGGGUACAGGAUGGGGUGAGAAUGGCUACAUGAGGUUGCUAAGAGAAGGUGAUGGAACUUCAGGUCAUUGUGACAUUGCAACGUAUGUUGCUUACCCUGUUGUCUAA